UCAGCGAGCCACACCGAUCUGGGAUCAGCACCGCGGACAGCACUGUUAUUUUGGCUUUUUUGGCUCAAAUCUCGACCGUGAGCCGCUCGCACCGCCGUGCUCACAUGUAUGGAAACUUUUAAUGCGCCGUCGAGUCGCUUUCCUUGCAUGGUAACUUUUCACACAGCUUCGUGUUUUAUGCAGUUUGGGUUGACGGACGUCGCGGUGCUGUUGGCUGCACCGGUCUUUCGCUUUAACCUAAAUUUAACGUCGUUUUAGCUGCUUGCAGCCUUCAAGCUGACAAGUUUUUUUUUGCAAGUUUUAUUUUUCUCUUUACGAAGGCAUUUGCUUGUGCUGUUACAUUUGACGGAAGCACGUUGGUCGUAACGCGAGGACUGGACAUCGAGGUUUGCCAUUGAUCAAUAAGCAAACAAACACGAUUUGGGGGAAUCGUCUUUGAAGCCUCCAAACGAUCAUCUGGUGGACUUUUGUGGCACAGAAAUGUGUCUUAUCGGCUAGCGUGGGGAAUGUGGCAGAGGGAGCUAAACUCUGUAGCAUCUGAGCUGGCGGGUCGACAAGAGGACAGUGAACAUUCUCAUAAGCAUCUGCUGGAGUUGAGCAGAGAGUUCAGGAGAAAUGUACCUGAGGAAGUCCGGGAGAUGGUGGCACCAGUCCUCAAGAGUUUCCAAGCCCAGGUGGUUGCUCUGAACAAGCGAAGUAAGGAAGCUGAGUCUGCAUUCCUCGGAAUCUACAAACAGCUUAUUGAGGCCCCAGAUCCAGCUCCUGUACUGGAGGCCUCACACACGCUGGAGGAGAGGCUGCAGCAGCUUCAAACUUCAGCCCCUAACAGCGGGGCCCUGGUGAAGGAGAUCAGUAGGCACUGGAAGAAACACCUGGAGUGCCUUGAAAAGACAGAGCCCACAGACAACGGUUUUGCAAACGCAGCAGAGACUGGAGACCCUUUUGACUCAACCUCUCCAGCCCCUGACAUGACCCCCAAUAGCACGCCGGCACCCGGAGCGCCAGACUCUCCACAGGAGAUCUACCAGGACCAAACUGAGGGACAAGGGGAGGAGGAGAAUGCUGGCGUUAGUUUGGCGGGCAAGCUGUCAGAGGCAGAGGAGAAAAUCAAGGUUCUGCAUGCAUCUUUGGAUACUUCACAGACUGAGCUGCUGGACCUGCGGUGUAAAUAUAACCAAGAGAUGACAAACAAGAUUGAAGAAGUCAACAUCAUCAUGGCCAAACUCGAGAAGGCAAACCAGAAAGCAGAAGUGGCCCAGAAGGAAGUGCAGAGGCUAAAGGAGCAGCUAGUCACUGGGCCAAAUGCCUCUGCAGCGAGCUGUCAACAACAAGAUGGCACUAGUAAGGAGAACAAUGAGCGAUGCGAAGCGUUGCCUUCCAAACUGGAGGCCACUCUGCUUGCGAAAGACCGUGAAAUCAUUCGUCUUCUUGAAAAUAUUCAGCGCCUUCAGUUCACCCUACAGGAGGUUCAAGAGACCUCAGCCAAUCAAAUCGUAGAGCUAGAAAGACAGUUGGCCUACAAGACCAAAGCUAUUGAGAGAUUAGAAGCUAAACUGAAAUCCCAAAUGGAUUAUGAAGAGAUUAAAACUGAACUCAGUAUCUUAAAGGUAAUGAAGCUGGCCUCUGCAAAUGGCAGCUCAUCCCAGGAUUCUGCCAAGGCCACAGAGGCACUUCUACUGGAUAAAGAGGCGUUUCUUCCCUCUCACAAAUAUCUGAUGGAAAAGGCCAGACUAUCGCACAGCACUGAUGAUGACCAGUCGGAGGAUGGAGCCCGCGAGACAGGCAGGCCGCCCGGCUCCAACUCGUCAUGCUCUCAAGUGGAUGGUAGUCACGCCUCCCCCAGUCCUGGUCCUCCCACACUGGAUGGGUCGUCCUCCAGCCACGAUCUGCCUCGUCCCUUCUCCGUGUCACCGUGUUCUGGUGACCGGCUUUCAGGAGACCACCUCCUCCACAAGCAUCUUCUCUCCCCACAUUUUAAAAAGGAAGGCCAUAUGGCUUUUCCCACUGCACUCUACGCAGCCAAGGUGGCCCUCAUGUCAGCCACUCAAGGGUCCGGCAGCAGUGACGCAGGCUUGCCUAGUGACCAGUCCGAAAGUGGUGGCUCGACUGCAGGGGACGACGACCAAGUCGACACAGCGGAGAUCGCGUUCCAGGUGAAGGAGCAGCUGCUGAAGCAUAACAUCGGCCAGCGUGUGUUUGGCCACUAUGUGCUUGGCCUCUCGCAAGGCUCAGUCAGUGAGAUCCUGGCCAGGCCCAAACCCUGGAGAAAGUUGACUGUGAAAGGCAAAGAGCCCUUCAUUAAAAUGAAGCAGUUCCUUUCUGAUGAGCAGAACAUCCUGGCACUCAGGACCAUCCAGGUCCGCCAAAGAGGGAGCAUCACUCCACGCAUCCGAACUCCAGAAACUGGGUCAGACGACGCCAUCAGGAAUAUCCUGGAGCAGGCCAAGAAGGAGAUCCAAUCCCAGAGGGGAGGGGACUGCAAGACACCCGUGAACACCUCCUUGGGCAGAAGCAGUAACGGGGCAGGCAACAGCUCUGACGAAACCAUUAAGAACAUCCUACAGCAGGCUAGGAGGGAAAUGGAGUCCCAGCAACAGGUCUUGAUGGAUAUGGAAGGCUGCGCAAGAGUCUCGACAGUUGGCACAGGAGUCCAAGUGGAACGUCUGGGGCCCCAUGAGCGAUCCAAAGGCCUGCCUUUGCCCAUCUCCAUUAAACAAGAGGAGGGGGGCUGCGUUACUGUUUGCAUGGCCAAUUCCAUCAGCAGUCCCCAGACACCCCUCAGCGUUCUCUCCCCAGCUGUCUUUGUUCAAAAUAUCAUCCGCAAAGUCAAAUCAGAGAUCGGAGAGGUUGGCACUUACUUUGACCAGCACUGGUCCCAGGAGCGGGGGUCGAUGGGCUUCGGGGUGGGAAGCUCCCGGCCCUUUAACUCCAUUUCCCCCUCCGUGUCUUCCUCCUCUUCCGGUCCCUCCAUAUUGACCCGGCCCUGGCCUCGCCUGGAGAACGGUGAGUGUCUCAGCGAAGAGGCCUCUGCGGCUGAAGAAGAGCUCGGGCUGGGCCGGCCCAUGGAGGUGAAGGUGGAGUCGGACACCUCAGUCAGUGGCGAGUCCCCGGGCCCUAGUCCCGGCCGCCUUUCUUACUAUCCAGCGUACAUUCCACGAGCUUUGAAGCCCACCGUGCCACCGCUGACUCCAGAACAGUACGAGUUGUACAUGUACCGGGAGGUGGAUACCAUCGAGUUGACCAGGCAAGUAAAGGAGAAGCUGGCAAAGAAUGGCAUCUGCCAGAGGAUCUUUGGUGAAAAGGUGCUUGGGCUUUCUCAGGGGAGCGUGAGUGACAUGCUAUCACGGCCCAAACCCUGGAGCAAGCUGACUCAGAAAGGCAGAGAACCCUUCAUCCGCAUGCAACUCUGGUUACUUGAUCAGCUAGGUCAGACCCUCAACCAGGCCCCGCACCAGGGUCAAGCCUCGGAUAAAAGUCCAGUCAUCACGCAGUCUUCACCGUCCCCACCCUUGAGUCCAGCAGAGGGUCAGCCGAGUCCACUGGUUGAACCGGUGAGCCUCUCUCUGGAGAGCAGCAAGGAGAACCAGCAGCCUGAGAGUCUGGUCCUGGGGCUACCUCCCCAGCCCGAGGGCGGGAAGUCAACCUCCAGCCUCAUAGCCUUACAUCACCCCGCUAACCCACUUGGCAUCCAGGAGCUGGUAGCCAUGUCCUCUGAGCUGGACACCUACGCCAUCACGAAAAAAGUAAAAGAGGUGUUAACAGACAAUAACCUAGGCCAGCGUCUCUUCGGGGAGACAAUUCUGGGUCUCACUCAAGGCUCUGUGUCUGACCUGCUGUCUCGGCCCAAACCCUGGCACAAACUUAGCCUCAAAGGAAGAGAGCCAUUUGUGCGCAUGCAACUGUGGCUCAAUGAUCCCCACAAUGUGGAAAAGUUGAGGGCUAUGAAGAAGAUGGAAAAGAAAGCUUACCUGAAGAGGCGUUAUGGGUUACUGAGUACAGGCUCAGAUAGUGACUCACCCAGUACUCGCUCCGAGUGUGUGAGUCCAGCCUUAGCCUCGCUGGACCUGUGUUCCUAUGGUCAGGUGAAGAAGCCUCGAGUGGUGUUGGGAGCAGAGGAGAAAGAAGCCCUGAGGAAAGUCUACCUCUUGGAGCCAUACCCUUCUCAGAAUACCAUUGAGAUGCUAGCUGCCCAGCUCCAUCUCAAAACCAACACUGUUAUCAACUGGUUUCACAACUACAGGUCUAGGAUGAGACGUGAAGUGCUGAUGGAGGGUCUGCCGGACAACGACACCGAUGCUGAGCAUCAGAGCUACUCGCCUUCACUAACAAGGAGCCCUCGCUCUGACGGCGAGGAGAGGAGGCUGCAGCAGCCCUCAGGACACAACCACUCCAGCCUUCCUCUCAGCAACGCUGCACUUCCUCACAUCAAACAGGAGGCAGCGGACGGAGAGAUCGUGGCGGAGGUGGGGGAAGAGGGCUCCGUGAGACAAACGAGAGCUCAGUGUUUUUCCACUGCAGUGCAAUUCCCACCGUUUAAAAGUGAACACGAGGACCCCGCCGUUGGCUGUCAUGGGCCCCUCUUAGCAGGCCAGACCGCGGGGCAGGAAGAGGGGCUGAGCAGUCAGGCUGCCGUCGUGUACACUAGCACCACCUCUCUCGAUGCCCCCCAGAGAGUGAAUCAGUCCAGGCACGAGGGGGAAAACUCUGGAAAGUCGCCCGUUGACCCGGUAAGCUUCAAGGCUUCGUCGGAAGCCUGCCGCAGCAGCUUGGAGGUCUCCCUCAACUCGCCCUCUGCUGCGUCCUCGCCAGGUCUCAUGAUGUCAGUCUCUCCUGUGCCCUCUUCCUCUGCUCCAAUAUCCCCCUCGCUGCCCAACCCGCCCUCAACAAGCACCAGUCACAGCCUGGACCCGAAUGCGCCCCCACCUUUCCAAAGCCCCAAGAUCAACAGAAGCAGUCAGAGACGCAAUGAGAAAAUGGCAAACCUCAAUAAUAUCAUCCACAGGUUAGAGAGAGCAGCCAAUCGAGAGGAAACACUGGAAUGGGAGUUUUAGGUCUCCGCUCACUUGUUUGUAGUGCUGCUGUUGAGCUUUUGAUUGUGCUGCAGCAUAACAAAUAAAAGCUUCCCUGAAGACUUGCAAUGGAGCCUGGCUCCUGAAAGUCCUGCCCUUCCCAAGUGAAAACUUGUUGAAAAUGGAAACAAACAUUAUGCUAAAUUCCCCACAAGACCUGAAUGUGGGGGACGAAACGUUUCUAAAUAUGUGUUUGUUUUCAUUCUUUUUUAAUGCGUACUACUUUGAGCUAUGUAUGACAGCAAGCUGUCCUUUUACCUACUGGACUUGACGUGGAGACUUUUGCAGCUAUGGUGUCAUAAAGAUGUACGCUGAAAUCCUGUAGAUUGCCACUGGGUGAGAUUAAAAAGACCCCUGUCUUAAAGCCAUUAAAAGCACUAUAACUAUUUGAAAAGAUACAUUGACCAAAUUUGCUACUUUUUGAAUAGCAAUUUUUCAAAUUUUGUCUUUAAGACUGGACUGAUAAGUCAAGCAACAUGUAAUCCUUUCACUGACUGAGAAAUAGUCCCUUAAGACUCUAAAUAUUCAAUACCUUGUAAUUAAUUCCUUAGCGAUGUUUUAAACUAUUUGUAACACGCGUAUAAAAUGUGGUUGUACAUGAUGUAGAAUUGUCUGCAAUAGCCUUCUGGAAACCUGAUGUAGCAUGGUACUCACUUGACCCUGUUAUUCUCUGUAGUUAGUCCUCCUGUGCGCUGACCUUAUACUUGAGUGAAAACGAGAGAAAAAUGUUGAAAACCUCAAAAAACAACAAAGGAAGUGACAAAUGUGAUGAGUCGAGUACUUUUGACUAUUUUCUUUUCCCCUUUUUCUUUAAACGACUGUUGAGAUUAUUGUUGAGGUGCUUAGGGUAGCCAGUUUGACAUCCACUACGCACAAGCACAGUUUACACAAUUAUUUCUUUCACAAUGCCCUCUUUGUCCAUCCAAGACACACUUUAUCAGACGUAAGAGUGUCCAAGACACACGAGACAAGGUUGACCUCAGAUGAUCUAAAUGCACACCAUGCCAGGACUGUGUGCUUAAUCCUCAUACAAGGUGGGUUAGAAAUGUUAGAGGACUAGUGUCGCAAAAGAUAUAUAGUCCAUCCAAAAUGCAGGCUAUGAAUUUUCUCUUCCUCCUGGGCGAGAUUAACCAGUUUAUGUCUACCGCGACAUCCUCACUCAGAAAAAAGGCUGGAGUUGUGGCUGGACAGCUUGUGGUUGCUUCUCCUUGACAACACGCCUCACAAGGCAACCGGGAGCACCCAAAGAAAUUUAAAGACUCGUUUUGAAGAUGUAUCGGUGGAAGACGCGCCAGCUGAGAAAUGUCUUUUGUGACACCGGUCCUGGAACUUUUCUGACAUGUGCCGUACAUGAACAUGACGCACGCUGGUAUGACUAAAUGGAGGGGAACAACUUAUUUGACUUAUUUGUGUAUUUGACAUGCAAACAAGUAUCAAGUUUUGUUUUGUUUUCAUGGAAGGAGCUCAUUUAUUUGUCAUUGAUCCUCCUCACAGCCAACACCUGACUGACUGAGUGCACUUUCUCAAAAUGGAUCUUGUACUGUAGCUUGAGUAAUAAUGUAUACUUGAUGAAACACCACAACCUCUAACGCAUGUUAUGACACUACAGAGAGCAUGAUCAUUUUGGUAUGACCUCAUUAAUCUGGGGGGAAAAAUUCUUAGCACAUUUUAUCCUGGGACGCACACAGUUACAGUUAUCCCCGUAUGUUAUAUUUGCCCACUUGUAUUUUGUGAGUCGAUUUUUUUUUUUUUGGUCAUGCUUGCAAAAUGUUUUUUUAUUUAUUUAUGUAUUUUGCUUCUAUUUGAUACUCUGAACCAUAAUUAGAUAUUCAAUACCCUGUGUAUGAACUACUUACAGCACUUAGAUUUUGAUAAUUGUGAGGACUCAAAAAAAAAAGUCAAAUAUCAACGUUAUCCUUAGUGUCUGCAAGUCUUUGCCUCGACUGUAUUAUUGAAGUUGGUAGUAAACACUUGCACAUGUCUUCACAGGUCAGAAGACUUGGAUUGUAUUAUGUAGAGAACUAUAUUACACAAUUACUCUGAAUAACAUCUUAAAUUCUUGGAGCAAACUGUGCUGAUUCUAAUUAGAGUGUAGAGGUUUAAUAAAUCAAACCCAUCCAUGCCAGUGCUGGUCUAACAAGCUCACCCUCAUUUAAGGCAUUCUCUCAGGGUAGUCUUUCUUCAAACAGUUUUCCUCCUCUGUGUCUGUGAUUCUGACAAACAAAUACAAUAUGUCUUUUUGGGAAUAACUUAUGCGACCUGUUAAAGUUGUAAGAAUACGGAAUGGCAACUUUCUCAGGAAGCGGUUGUUGCGGUUAAAUUCUGUGUACAGAUGAAUCAAAAAUCUCAGAUUGAAACUACUGGUGUGAUGUGAAUGGCUGGCGUUUUGGAAAACAUUCGACUUUGCGCUCUAUAUUUCUUGAGCCGCUAAAAUGUUUUCUGGUCUUCAUACCGUCUCUUUUUUUUUUUUUUUGCAUAAAAUAAUGUAUAGUUAUGCUGGGGGGGUUUGUGGUGAAACAUGGGCAAGUGGCAGAAAAAGAAAUGUAUUUAACAAGGCGGUUAUUCUCAUGAAAAUCUCAGUUUUGCAUGCAAAUAUUUCAUUUAGGUCACAUGGCAAAGGGGUAGUAGGCUGUGUUUUUGUGUUGUUCUUGCACAGCAACAUUUUAUCAGUCUUUUUACUAUAGUGAAGUCCAUGCAUGGUGCAGCUGAUACAUUUGGUGCACAAUUUCAUCAUGAAUCCACUCUAACAACAAAUCAUUAGCUUCCCUCUUAACAUUGCUGUCAUAUAAAUAUUUAAAUCAUUUUGUGACAUAUCAUCUACGUACCCCGUGAAUUAUCCUCAGAGGAGUAAUGCCUGGUAAAAAGGUGUGAUUAAAGAGCGUCUGGGCUUUUAACCAUGUUAUUUACAAAAGCAAAGCUUUUUGUAAAACAAUAUUUACUCAUUAUGUUUUUUUAUUGAAACUGACAAUAGUCACUAAAUGAAUGAAGAAUAGAUUGAGGAUGAGCAGUACAGAUAAUGGAUGGAAUUGGUCCUCAAAAAUGUAAUACUUCACCCAGCAGUGGAUAUGGAGAUGAUAAUGACAAGACAUUGAAGGUUUAUUGCAAAAUCCCUUGAAAGUCUACCAUGUGUCAAGAAGAACUCACGUCAUGCUAUUCAAUGUUAAGAGUGGAUGAGGUACCUUCUUGCAAUGAAGUUGUAAGCCAUCAUUCAAUACAUAAUUGUUUUAAGACA